UCUAAUAAGUGAGGAUUAGUCUAACUGAAAAACAGAAGGAAAAAGAAAAAAAGAAAAAGAAAAGAAAAACCUUUGGAUUAAUGGGAUGAGAUCUGUAGUCGACACAGGAUAUUCAUCAACGUCACUUGCCCAAAGCAGAGGUCCAAAGAAUUCCUCACCAUUAAAACAAACCUAAAAUUUCAAAUUUUGAUUUAAUUUCAAUACCCAUUAAAUUCAAGCUGUUCCCGGCAAUCUUGUUGAAAUUCCCACACCCAAACAGGGCACUGAAAUUGCAGAGAGAUUCUAGAGAGAGAAGUGCGGGUCAAUCGUUGAAUGAAGAGGUGAUGUGAUGGGUGCAGCAGGGUCGAAGCUCGAGAAAGCUCUUGGUGAACAAUUUCCAGAGGGUGAGCGUUAUUUCGGCCUCGAAAACUUUGGCAAUACUUGUUAUUGUAACAGUGUUCUUCAGACACUUUAUUUUUGCGUUCCAUUUCGAGAACAGUUGCUAGAAUACUACUCAAAUAACAAAAAAGCUGUUGAUGCUGAGGAAAAUCUCUUGACAUGCUUGGCCGAUCUCUUUACUCAGAUAAGUUCUCAAAAGAAGAAAACAGGAGUCAUUGCUCCAAAGCGCUUUGUCCAGAGGUUAAAGAAACAAAAUGAGCUUUUUCGCAGCUACAUGCAUCAGGAUGCCCAUGAAUUCUUGAACUUUUUGCUGAAUGAACUCGUUGACAUACUGGAGAAAGAAGCUCAGUCUGCAAAAGAUGACCAAGAAACUUUGCCAUCUGAAAAAGCUGCAAAUGGACCAACGAAUACUCAGGUCUACGCCUCUCCGAAGGAACCUUUAGUUACCUGGGUACACAAAAGUUUUCAGGGCAUUCUUACGAAUGAGACAAGGUGCUUGCGUUGCGAGACCGUCACAGCAAGGGAUGAAACCUUUUUUGACCUGAGCCUUGAUAUUGAGCAGAAUAGUUCAAUUACAAGCUGUCUGAAAAAUUUUAGUUCGACUGAAACUUUGAAUGCCGAGGACAAAUUUUUCUGUGAUAAAUGCUGCAGUUUGCAGGAAGCGCAGAAGAGGAUGAAGAUAAAAAGGCCACCACACAUCCUAGUUAUCCAUUUAAAGCGGUUCAAGUACAUUGAACAAUUGGGUCGAUACAAGAAACUAUCUUACCGUGUGGUAUUCCCUCUUGAAUUAAAACUGAGUGAUACCGUGGAAGAUUCAGAUAGAGAAUACUCCUUGUUUGCUGUUGUUGUACACGUAGGUAGUGGCCCUAAUCAUGGGCACUAUAUUAGCCUUGUCAAAAGUCAUAACCACUGGUUAUUCUUCGAUGAUGAGAACGUGGAGAUGAUUGAUGAGUCUGCUGUCCAGACAUUUUUCGGAUCAGCACAGGAGUAUUCUAGUAACACAGACCAUGGGUACAUUUUGUUUUAUGAGUCCCUUGGUCAAAGUAACAUCAACUAGGCAGAGUUUUACCCAUUUAUUAGGAAUAUUUUUGUCUCAAAAUUUUGAUAUUUUUUCUUUUCAAAUCCCUUGUUUCCUCUUCUUUCCUUCAAGCAUGUGGGGAGAAGAAGGGUGCCAUUGGUUAGGUUGUGGAAAUGUGUAACUGCUUAGGUGGUUGGUUAGAGGGCUUUGUACAGGUGGAUGUUGGAACAUUGAAGAUCCUCCGUUGAGGGAUAAGAGAAAAUAGCAGUGUAUAUUCAUGGUGGAAAAUUCUUCCACAAAUUUUGUUAACCUCAAUUGUUGUGAAUGAUGUUCUGACAUAUAAAGUUGUAUGAGACUUGUUAGCCAACUUUUCCAUUGUAGUUUAAACGAUCUUUUGUUUGCUCGACAAAUAUUAGUAGAUUUAUCGGAUGUUCUGCA